AUGAGAUUGCUCUCAAUCAUUUCAGCUCUUUUAUCAGUGGCCUACUGUAUUGAAUGGAUUGGACAGGUGGGAAACUCAAUCUGUAAUUGGGCUCAGCUUCGUGCCAGUUCACUUCGAGAUGCGAUAUACGUAGAUGGAGGCGAAUUGUGGUGGAUUAGCCAAUUUUCCAAUGGACAGAAUGGUACAGUGCAGAAUGAUGGCAACUUUGAAGGAUCCCUGUUCCGACUUGACCUUUCUCAAACUUUCAACAGUAUUACAACGAACCUUACAUCGCUCUUUUCCAGGGUCCCCCAAAACUCAUCUCUUGAUUAUAUCGAUGGUGUAAUGUGGGCCACCAAUACUGAUGAACUUGUUCUAUAUGGGGGUCUUCUCCGUCCGUCCAAUAGCACGUUAGAACCUGGAUCGCGAAGCUUUUAUGGCUAUAGCAUAAAUUCAACAAGCAUCCUGCAUCAACCUGGAUUCUACUAUGCAGAGGUUCCCGACAACAUGACCAGAUAUGUUACAAACGGCGCAGGGGUAUCCGCCCCAAGUGAACGCUUAGGUUUCUACUUUGGGGGGAUGAGAGGUUAUGACUGGGGUCCCAUCUCCAACGAUGACGGUUCGGCAGCAUACAGUGCAAACACUCUCAUCUCCGUGGUGUUAGAAGACACGGAUACUCAGCAUUGGACUAAUCAAACCCUGCCUGAAAACAUACCAUCAAGAGCUAAUGCAGUUGUUGAAUGGCUUCCUGUAUCUCAUUCCGGCAUUCUCGUUGUGAUUGGUGGCGUCAGUAUACCAUCUGUCAUCUUCACUAAUGGAUUAACAGAUGCCCAGAAGCUGCAAAACAACAAUACGGAUUCUCGUUUUAUGCAAGAGGUUGCAAUCUAUGACAUUGCGAGUAAGACUUGGUACUCACAAAAUACGACCGGCGAUAUACCAUCUGCCCGCGCUUUAUUCUGCUCCGUGUAUGCAUCUGCCGCUGAUAAUAGCUCACAUAAUAUUUAUAUUUAUGGCGGCUAUGAUGGCAACGAUCUGGAACAUACCCCAUUUAAUGAUGUUUAUAUCCUUUCAUUGCCCACUUUUACAUGGACGCGCGCAUAUGUCGGAAGUGACAACGAUGGUCGCAGUGGCCAUCAAUGUAUCCGUGUGCUUCCUGACCAAAUGCUUGUUGUCGGAGGGGAAUUCAAGGAUCCAACCCAUUGCUUGCCCGUCUUGAGGAAUUUCAAUCUGAACACUCUAGAUUUCCAAAAUGAAUAUAUUCCAAGCGAGUACGCAAGUUAUGAGGUACCAUUGCCAGUUAUUGAGGUAAUCGGCGGGAAUGGAAAUGGCAGCGCCCUUCAUACUUCGCCGGUCGUUUGGUCCAACGAGGCCCUGCAGAGCGUUUUCAAUACUCCGUACACGAAAGCUAUUCCGAGCUGGUACCCGUAUGCCUCUAAACUGCCCGUCUCUGGUACACAUUCUAGAACACUUAAGAUCGUUUUAGCAACUGUAUUUCCAGUCAGUGUGGGAGCAGUUAUAUUUGGCAUAUAUCGAUAUUUAAGAACCUCACCUUUUUUGCAUCGUACGAAAGCGCCAGUUGAGUUGGACUCGGCGCCGGAUGACAUUCCUCGUUCCGAGCUAUCUGCGGUCCCAGAAACCCCUGAAAGCAAUCCAUCGGCAGAAACUUCGACACCAUCGUCAGAGCGAGAUGAAAAGAAACGCACAGACUCAAUAGCGCAAACACCACUCUCUUGUUACUUCCCAAAAAGCCUUUAA